AUGGUCAUGAACGACAACUCCAACAUGUCCAACGUGAUCCCCCAGACGACGCCCCCCCAAUCCUCUAGCCACGGCCAAAAUGGCUCCUCACAGACCAACGGUGGCGACGGCAGCGCCGUGCCCUCGUUCGCCAUCAAAGCCGGCCUCGCGCAGAUGCUCAAAGGCGGCGUGAUCAUGGACGUCAUCAACGCCGAACAAGCGCGCAUUGCCGAGGAGGCCGGCGCCUGCGCCGUCAUGGCCCUCGAGCGCGUGCCGGCCGACAUCCGUGCCCAGGGCGGUGUGGCGAGGAUGAGCGACCCCGCGCUCAUCAAGGAGAUCCAAGCCGCAGUCACGAUCCCCGUCAUGGCCAAGGCUCGCAUCGGCCACUUUGUCGAGUGCCAGAUCCUCGAGAGUUUGGGGGUGGACUACAUCGACGAGUCCGAGGUGCUGACGCCCGCGGACGACACGUUCCACGUGGAAAAAUCACCCUUCCGCGCGCCUUUUGUCUGCGGGUGCCGUAACCUCGGGGAGGCGCUGCGCCGGAUCGCCGAGGGCGCCGCGAUGAUCCGCACAAAGGGCGAGGCCGGCACUGGCGACGUCGUGGAGGCCGUCAAACACAUGAGGGCCGUGAAGCGGGAGAUUGCGCGCGCGCAGGCCGUGCUCGCGGACAGUGGCGAGCUGGGGCUCCGCUCGCUGGCGCGCGAGAUGGAAGUCGACGCCGCGCUGCUGAGGCAGACGUGCGAGCUGGGAAGGCUGCCUGUCGUGAACUUUGCGGCGGGAGGCAUCGCCACCCCGGCGGACGCGGCGCUGAUGAUGCAGCUUGGCUGUGACGGCGUGUUUGUCGGCUCCGGGAUCUUCAAGUCCGGUAAUGCCGCCAUGCGGGCGAGGGCCAUCGUGCAGGCGACGACGCACUUCCGCGAUGCGAAGGUCUUGGCUGAGUGCUCGACGGGGCUGGGCGAGGCGAUGGUCGGCAUCAGCGUCCAGAGUAUGGGUGAGAAGGACAAAUUGGCGGGGCGGGGGUGGUAA